CUGGGGAUUUUAAUCUGGGUGGGGAGGUAAGACGAUAUAACAUACUAAGUGUGAAACUCAUGAAGAGAAAUAGGAAUUCAAAAAAAGAAGAAAUGGAGCAGUUAUUGGCCUGUGCUGGGAAGGAUUUGAGAUGAAGAAGAAAGUGGAGGAGUGUGUCACACAGGCUGGAAUCCCAGACACCAAGUAUAAUACUGUCAGCAUCAAUAAGGCCAUUAAUACGCAGGAAGUGGCUGUAAAGGAAAAACACGCCAGAACGUGCAUACUGGGCACCCACCAUGAGAAAGGGGCACAGACCUUUUGGUCUGUCGUCAACCGGCUGCCCCUCUCCAGCAACGCUGUGCUCUGCUGGAAGUUCUGCCACGUGUUCCACAAACUCCUCCGAGAUGGACACCCAAACGUCCUGAAGGACUCUCUGAGAUACAAAAACGAAUUGAGUGACAUGAGCAGGAUGUGGGGCCACCUGAGUGAGGGGUAUGGACAGCUUUGCAGCAUCUACCUCAAACUGCUCAGAACGAAGAUGGAAUACCACACCAAAAAUCCCAGGUUCCCAGGCAACCUUCAGAUGAGUGACCGGCAGCUGGACGAGGCUGGAGAAAGUGAUGUUAACAACUUUUUUCAGCUAACAGUGGAGAUGUUCGACUACCUGGAGUGUGAACUUAACCUCUUCCAAACUGUGUUCAACUCCCUGGACAUGUCCCGCUCUGUAUCCGUGACGACAGCUGGGCAGUGCCGCCUUGCCCCGCUGAUCCAGGUCAUCUUGGACUGCAGUCACCUCUAUGAUUACACUGUCAAGCUUCUCUUCAAACUCCACUCCUGUCUCCCAGCUGACACCCUGCAAGGCCACCGGGACCGUUUCAUGGAGCAGUUCACAAAGUUGAAAGAUCUGUUCUACCGCUCCAGCAACCUUCAGUACUUCAAGCGGCUUAUUCAGAUCCCUCAGCUGCCUGAGAACCCACCCAACUUCCUACGAGCCUCCGCGCUGUCGGAACACAUCAGCCCCGUGGUGGUAAUCCCAGCCGAGGCCUCGUCCCCUGACAGCGAGCCCGUCUUGGAGAAGGAUGACCUCAUGGACAUGGAUGCCUCCCAGCAGAGUUUAUUUGACAACAAGUUUGAUGACAUCUUUGGCAGCUCGCUCAGCAGUGAUCCCUUCAAUUUCAACAGUCAGAACGGUGUGAACAAGGAUGAGAAGGGCCACUUAAUUGAUCAAUUGUACCAAGAGAUCAGUGUGCUGAAGGCACAGCUGGAAAACAUGAAGACUGAGAGCCAGCGAGCUGUCCUGCAGCUGAAGGGCCGCAUCAGUGAGCUGGAGGCCGAGCUGGCAGAGCAGAAGCACCUGCGGCAGCAGGCGGCCGAUGAUAGCGAGUUCCUGCGGGCAGAGCUGGAUGAACUCAAGAAGAAGCGAGAAGACACAGAGAAGGCGCAGCGGAGCCUGACAGAGAUAGAAAGGAAAGCCCAGGCCAAUGAGCAGCGGUACAGCAAGCUGAAGGAGAAGUACAGUGAGCUGGUGCAGAACCACGCUGACCUGCUGCGGAAGAAUGCAGAGGUGACCAAACAGGUGUCUGUGGCCAGACAAGCCCAGGUGGAUUUGGAACGAGAGAAAAAAGAGAUAGAGGAUUCCUUCCAGCGCGUGAGCGAGCAGGCCCAGCGAAAAACUCAAGAACAGACGGAAGUACUAGAGAACUUGAAGCAAGAACUUGCCACCAGCAAACAGGAACUCCAGGUUGUCCAAGGCAGCCUGGAAAUAGCUGCCCAGUCAGAAGGAAAAUGGGUGACCCAGAUUGCUGAACUGGAGAAGGAGCAGGGCCGUUUGGUGAAUGCCAUGGCUCGUCGAGAAGAGGAAUUCUCUGCUCUUCAGGCACAGCUGGAAAACACCCAGCUCAAACUGUCCAGCACACAGGAAUCUAUGUGCCAGCUCGCAAAGGACCAACGGAAAAUGCUUCUGUCAGAAACAAGGAAGGCGGCAGAGCAGGUGAUACAAGAGGCCCUGAGGCAGCUUGAGGAGCCCACUCUCAUCAGCUGUGCCGGAUCUGCAGAUCACCUUCUCUCCACGGUCAAGUCCGUUUCCAGCUGUAUUGAACAACUGGAAAAAUGCUGGAGCCGGUAUAUUGCCUGCCCAGAAGGUAACAAAGAUAUCAGUGGGCUUCUGCACUCAGUCACCCUCCUUGCCCACUUGACCAGCGACACCAUUGUUCACGGCGGCACCACCUGCCUUAGAGCCCUGCCAGAGCCUGCCGAUGCACUGACCGAGGCCUGUAAACAGUAUGGCAAGGAAACCCUCCUCUAUCUGGCUUUCCUGGAGGAAGACGGAACCCUUGAGAAUGUCGACAGCACAGCCCUGAGGAGCUUCCUCAGCAAGAUCGCGGCCAUCGGCGAGGAGCUCCUGCCCAGAGGCCUGGACAUCAAACAAGAAGAGCUAGGAGACCUGGUGGACAAGGAGAUGGCUGCCACUUCAGCUGCCAUUGAAACUGCUACAGCCAGAAUAGAGGAGAUGCUCAGCAAAUCCCGAGAAGGAGACACGGGAGUCAAAUUAGAGGUGAACGAAAGGAUUCUUGGUUCAUGUACCAGCCUAAUGCAAGCUAUUCAGGUCCUGAUUGUGGCCUCGAAGGAUCUCCAGAGAGAGAUAGUGGAAAGUGGCCGGGGCACAGCAUCUCCUAAAGAGUUUUAUGCCAAGAAUUCUCGAUGGACAGAAGGACUCAUCUCAGCCUCCAAAGCUGUGGGCUGGGGAGCCACUGUCAUGGUUGAUGCAGCUGAUCUGGUGGUACAAGGCAAAGGGAAGUUCGAGGAGCUAAUGGUGUGCUCCCAUGAAAUUGCUGCUAGCACAGCCCAGCUUGUGGCUGCAUCCAAGGUGAAAGCUGGUAAGGACAGCCCAAACCUGGCCCAGCUACAGCAAGCCUCUCGCGGGGUGAACCAGGCCACCGCCGCGGUCGUGGCCUCGACCAUUUCUGGCAAAUCGCAGAUUGAGGAAACAGACAACAUGGACUUCUCAGGCAUGACGCUGACCCAGAUCAAACGCCAGGAGAUGGAUUCCCAGGUUAGGGUGCUAGAGCUAGAAAAUGAACUGCAGAAGGAGCGUCAAAAACUGGGGGAGCUUCGAAAAAAGCACUACGAGCUUGCUGGUGUUGCUGAGGGCUGGGAAGAAGAAACAGAAGCAUCUCCGCCUGCACUGCAAGAAGUGGUAACCGAGAAGGAAUAGAGCCGCACUGAUGCCCCACACGUCACAGUUCUUUCCGUUUCAUCACUUGCACAAACUUGUGAGCAUCAGAGGGCUGGUGGAUUCCAAACCAGGACACGACCCUGAGUCUGUGCACAGAGUCAGAAGAACAGCAGGCGUGUCCUGGCUGAGAAUGCCAAGGCAAUGCUUCCCCUCUUUUGGCAGUUCCGUGGAUUCCCACUGCUCCUCACGGUGGGUGGUUGGGUUUUGGGGGUUUCUGUUUUCAAGUUUCACUCAUAUAGCCAACUCUCCCAAAGGGAAGAGCUCUGAAGCUCUGAGCUCCUAGGAGCCCCUGACCACAGCAGUCAACAGCGAUGGUGCUGCUCAGGCUUUACCUUGGUGCUCCCCAUCAGCCUCCGUGCUUGGGUCCUGCUGAGUGUGGGACUCAAGGCCACUUCCCAAGGUCGGGUGGAGCUGCUGAGCCACAGCUUUCCUCCAGAGGCCGAAGUGGAGGGAGUGCCUUUCCCUCCUAAAGCUGGAGCCCAGUUGAAAGCCUCUGCCACCUUCAUAAGUGAGAGGGCCACAGAAAGAGAGAAAGGAGGGUGCACACGGCCCAGGUCCUCAGAAGACACCUUCCUUGGGAAUUCCUUGUGAGCAGGCUGGAAAACCUUAUCGCAUGCUCGAACGGAACUGGUGAGAAAGCCACACCUCUUUUUCCAGAAUGAAUUUUCCUUGGCACCUCCCUUCAGAUCCAGGCAGGGCCCUAAGAGGGAGCUUGUGAGAGGUUUUCAAUUCUUUUCUCCAAAUAUCUGCUUCCUUGGUAUCCUCUUGAAUCUGAAAAAGAUAGUUCCAUGUUCUACCUAAUUGACAGACCCAGAAAAUCAGGCAAACUUGCUCCCGGUAGGAAAGAACCCAUUGCUUGGUUGGUACCUUUAAUAUUUAUUACUAACCUCCGUUAAGCAGCAGCAGCAGCAGCAGCCAACAGAAAGACGCUUGGUGCAAUCAGGAUUUCAGGUGUGACUAUGGCAAGGCUUGUAUUGCUGCCCUAUACAUCAGUCUUCAAGAAUCGGAAACAAGGCCAAGAUGCCGUCCCCAUCUGUAACCAGCGUGGAUCACAAA